AAGGAAAGUGUGAGAAGUUUGAAAAGUUGUAAUGAAAGUCCAUUAUUAAAAAAAAAACUUUGAAAAGUUUUUAAUAAGAAAGGAAUCUCACGUUUCUUGGAAUAGCUGAGAUAAAAUAAAAUACCUUUAUGGAAGCAAAACCGAAAUACACAUGGGUCUGUCUUUUUAUUUAUUGUUAAUAUCUUAUAUUUGAUGGAUUAUAUAAUUCAUAUGUUUCUCAGGAGAUCUUAUACCAGUUUUAAAAUUAAUUAUAUUUCUUUCCCUGUAAAUAGAUUUUAAUUGAAGGGUUUUGAAUCUUGUUGAUGUAUCACUUUCACUCAAGGCCGGACGGGAUAUGCAUGCAUGUUGAAAAGAAUGACCACCACUUUAAUAUAAGAGAAAUAAAGGUUUUGAAGGUUUACAAAAGAAUGUCAUAGAAAUUAAAUUUAAUCGUAGAAUCUAUAGUAAACAAAAGUUAUAACCUAUACAUUAGAUCAAAUCCGAAGAAUAACAAAAUAUUGUGAUCCACUAGUCCAAUAUCAACCGCGAUAUAUUCAAAUGGAACCUGAAACUUCGAAUACUCUAAAAAUCCAAAAUUAAUAUAAGAAAACAUAUACAACAACUUCAAGUAUUUUAGAUACUUUGUACAUUGUUAUAAACAUUACACUAUUCCCCAAAAAGUCGAAACCUGAUUCACAAGAAAACCUUCAAUAAAGAGAGAAUCCACUGUGACUUCAUGAACCAACUCUCCGACCCACCUUCUUACAUUCCUCUAAUCUAUCUCCUAUACUAUAUAACCACUCUCACAUUUCUCUACGAUCGUAUACGUUUACACAAGCAUCAUCUUCAUCAUCGUUCAACAGAGAUAAAAAAAAAGAACAAGAAGAUGUCGUCUGAUUGGGGUCCGAUUCUAGUGACGGUGAUACUCUUCGUGAUGCUCACGCCAGGACUUCUGUUUCAGUUGCCAGGACGACAAAGAUACGUUGAGUUUGGUAAUUUUCAGACAAGUGCUGUCUCCGUUAUCGUCCAUUCUCUUCUCUACUUCUCCCUUGCCUGCGUCUUCCUCCUAGCCCUCAAGAUUCACAUCUACAUCGGCUAAGUCCAUCCCCUUUAUUUUCUACGUUUCGUUAUGUUUUUUUUUUUUGAGAAAGUACGUUUCGAUAUAUUGUUUCCAAGUUUUCUUAAAAAAUUUACGAAUUUUAAAUCGUUUUCAUAGUCCAUUUCUUUGCAUCGGACCCUUUUGCUUUAUAUGUGUAAUGAUGUGUUUACCUUUUCUCUUCUUGUAAACGCAAAGAUUGGUUCAAAUAAUAAUGUCAUUUGUAACAUUUAAUACCUGAGAUUAAUCGAUUGCAUUUAAUUUCA